ACUCAAUAGGAGAGAAAAGGAAGGAAAAACAGAGAGACAGAGAAAGAGAUAGGUUUUGGGAGUGCAGAAAGAAAGAAAGAGAAAAAAAAAAUGUAAAAAAGAAAGAAGAGAGAGAGAGAGAGAGGAAAUAAAAAAAACACGCAAAUGGAAAGAAAGGGAAAGCUGCAGCUUCUGCUUAUCAUUAUCACUCAGCAGCAGCAGUACAGAUCUCUCCCUCUCUUUCCUUCUUCCUUUCUCUCUCACUCUCUCUCCCUUUUCUCUUCCACUUACCCACACGGGCGUUAAGUCAGUGUGGUGAACCUAAAACCAAGAAUUUCUCUCUUUUUAAAAAAAAAAAAUUAUUGUUAUUAUUAUUAAUAAAUAAAUAAAACAAAAAGCUUAAAACCGUUUCUCCUUUUCUCUCUCUGUAUGAUUUGUUUCUGAAACGGAGUUAUUUUAUUUUGGUGGAGGGGGCGGCCGACUCACUCAACUCGGGACCGAGUUAUGGGUUGUUGCCAUUCUUCCCUUUUCCAAGUACCUUUUAUUUCUGAGAAAAAGGAACCUAACCACAACUAUAGCAAGAAUCAAAAUCAGGAUCAGAAUCACCAGCCGCCCAACGGCAAAGGCGCCGCCUGUCCUCCUGCUGGUACCUCCUCCGGUUUCACCAUCUUCUCUUUUGCUGACCUAAAAGCUGCCACCAACAACUUCAGCUCCGAGUUCAUCGUUUCUGAAAGCGGUGAAAAAGCUCCCAAUGUUGUUUAUAAAGGUCGCUUGCAAAAGCAGGAUAAUAAUAAUAACCGCACUUGGAUUGCUGUCAAAAAAUUUACCAAACUUGCCUGGCCUGAUCCUAAACAGUUCGCUGAUGAGGCGUUAGGUGUUGGGAAGUUAAGACAUAAGAGGCUAGCUAAUUUGAUUGGCUACUGCUGCGAUGGAGAUGAAAGGUUGCUUGUCGCUGAGUAUAUGCCUAAUGAUACCCUUGCCAAACAUCUUUUCCACUGGGAGAAUCAAACUAUUGAGUGGGCCAUGCGAUUAAGAGUUGCUCUGUACAUCGCUGAAGCUUUAGAUUAUUGUAGUUCUGAAGGGCGUCCACUAUACCACGAUUUAAAUGCUUAUAGGGUUCUCUUUGAUGAGAAUGGAGAUCCUCGGCUGUCAUGCUUUGGCUUGAUGAAGAACAGUAGGGAUGGAAAAAGUUACAGCACAAAUCUUGCAUAUACACCCCCUGAAUAUCUAAGAAAUGGAAGGGUCACUCCAGAAAGUGUCAUCUUCAGCUUUGGGACUGUUCUUUUGGAUCUUCUUAGUGGAAAGCACAUCCCUCCUAGUCACGCUCUUGAUAUGAUACGGGGAAAAAACAUCCUUCUCCUAAUGGAUUCACAUUUGGAGGGAAACUUUUCGACUGAUGAGGCAACUGUGGUCUUUGAUCUUGCUUCACAAUGUUUACAAUAUGAACCCAGAGAGCGGCCAAAUACCAAGGAUCUUGUUGCAACAGUUGCACCUCUGCAAAAUAAACCUGAUGUUCCAUCUUAUGUAAUGCUGGGAAUCCCAAAGCAUGAGGAAGCACCACCCACUCCACAACAUCCUCUUUCUCCAAUGGGUGAUGCCUGUUCACGGAUGGAUCUCACAGCUAUCCAUCAGAUUUUAGUAAUGACGCACUACAAGGAUGAUGAAGGAACUAAUGAGUUAUCUUUCCAAGAGUGGACCCAACAAAUGAGAGAUAUGUUGGAAGCUCGAAAGCGUGGAGAUGUAGCAUUUCGUGACAAAGAUUUUAAGACUGCUAUAGAUUGUUAUUCUCAGUUCAUAGAUGUGGGAACAAUGAUUUCUCCAACUGUUUAUGCAAGGAGAAGUCUGUGUCAUCUUUUAUGCGAUCAACCAGAUGCCGCACUCCGAGAUGCAAUGCAAGCACAAUGUGUAUACCCUGAAUGGUCUACAGCAUUUUACAUGCAGGCUGUCGCCCUUGCCAAGCUGGACAUGCACAAGGAUGCAGCUGAUAUGUUGAAUGAGGCUGCUGCAUUAGAAGAGAAAAGGCAACGCGGUGGGAAAGGGUCUUGAGGAGAGUGUAAAAUUCUUUUGUACUAGUAGUUUGGCCGAUUGUUGUGGUGGUGGUUGUAAGAAAAAAAAAUGUGGGUUUAGUGUAUUGGCAAUUAGAAAUUGGCUUUCAUCCAAAAUGUAACAUAGUGAGAGGAAUGGUUCUUCUAUACUGGCUGUUACAGUAAUUUUUUCCUCUAAAAUUGGAUGAAAUAAUUUAUCUCA